AAAAUAUAAUAUUGUCCUUAAUAAAUUAGAAUAAUCGUAAUUUCAAAUGUAUUUUGUCUAAAUAUAUUCUACUAGUACAGAUCCACCGUAGAAAAAGUAAAUUAAAAUUGAAACACAAAUUUUGAUAUCUAUCUCAAUGAAUCAGAUUUCUCUCAUCUCAUCAUCGUCAUCACCAAACAUUAUAAUAGUAAUUGAAUACUGCAGCGGCGGUGUGAAAGGGAUCAUACGCGUAUGAGUAUUAAUUGUGUGGAUAUGUAUACGAGUUAUGGCGGAAAAUGUUGUGUUACAAUUCGAUUCAUCCAACGAUUAGAGGCGAUGCGGCGGAACCGGAUUGGUGGAAGCUGCAGCAGGUGCUGCUGCAGAGCCAUUGUAAAACACUCAUAAACCAAUAAGCCAAAAAGCUGCUUGGAUGGAAAAGAGCAUGAAAGCUAAUUAAAACUGAGACAAUGAAGGGGGAAGGUAUGGACCUAUUCUGUCCCAUGCAGUCUGUUUUUAUGACUUUAUAAACGGUCCAAGUUCGUUUCAUCAAAUGACUUAAUCAUGUUGAGAAAUAAAAAUAAAUCAAAAUAUUGAAAGUUGAAGAACCACAUUUCAUAUGGUUACUCUUUUCCAUGUUAAAAACUAGUACAUUAUUUUCAUCAUCGUGUCGUUUAUGGAGUUAUUGCAUUUGGAAUCUACUAGAAAUCUAAAACACUUUUAUCAUGACAUGGUAACAAUUUUCUGAUAUUUAUUUCACUUAGUUGGUUGUGGACUUGGUUCAUGUGAAACUACUCUGCCACCAAAUUUGAUUCUCCAAGCUCAGUUUAGUACUUAAGAUUCAUUUAUUGUCUUGACUUAUUUAGAUAAUUCUACAGGAAAUUAAAUUUGAGUUAUUCCAAUCUUUUUCAGAUUCUAAUAGGUAUUUCUUGUAACUUGCCUGUGAACUGCUAUCUAAUCAUUUUGCUCCGGACAGAAGACUCUGAUGCACUUGAACAUCUUACGGUUGCUGCACUAUGUACUUCGAAAGCAUAUUAAUGAAUUGUUAGUUGAUAAAAUAUAUAAAUUGGCCCUAAGCAUUUCUCGAGGAUUGAACAAAACUUGGACUGUGAAAUUAGUUGCUAGUCAGGAAUCUGGUAAAAACAAUUGAAUAUAACUUUCUGCAGCAACAGGGCCAAAUCAAAUGUGAAACUUCCUCAACCACCUACUGAAUAGUCUAUCCCCCUCAGAUUAAAAAAAUCUAUUCAAAUAAAAAAAAAUCUAGUUGUUAGCCAAAAUAGGAAAAUACCAAGAGAAUUUAAAAGCCUAAACUGUGUUGGCAGAUAUUUAUAACAGCCACGACCACCUCUUCAUUCUACCUGUUAUUUGCAUUCUUUGCUUCAGCCCCCAGGCGAAAAGAAUGAUUUUCUUGACCACCCUCUCUUCAUCCUUCCAUUUUCCAUUUUAGCUUAUUGAAAUUGAAGAACCAAAAUUUUAAAAUCUUGCUAGUUAGGGAAAUAUGAGGGGCAAAUCUUCUUUGUCAAUGUCUAAAAAUGGAGUAGAAACUGAGAGGCUUGAGAAACUGAAUGAGCCUCAUUUGUCAGGUGCUUACAUUCGAAACCUUGUUAAACAGUUAUCAUCCUCUUCCUCUUCCUCUUCCUCUUCGAGAACCAAAGAAUCAUCCAAUUCCAGCUUAGAAGGAGAAGGAGAUGGGAAUUCGAGCAACGGAAGCUUGUUUGGAAUUAAUUGUAAUGGAUUUUCUGAUCAGAAACAAGAAAAAUCCCCUCCGCCACCUCAACCACGCAAAAAGAAAGUAAGGAGACGGCUGCAUACCAGUAGACCUUACCAACAAAGGCUGCUAAAUAUGGCUGAAGCGCGGCGAGAAAUCGUCACUGCCCUUAAGUUUCAUAGAGCAUCUAUGAAACAAGCCAGUGAAAAACAGCUGCUGCAGCAGAAAAUGGAAGUAAGGUCUGAAACUCGGCUCUUUGAGUCUUCAUCUCAUCAAUUUUCUUUAGAACAUGAAGACAAAUUGAAGUGCAGGAGAAAUCCAAGAGUUUAUGCUUCAAAUUCCUUAAUUCCUGAUAGAUUCCCAGAUAGUUAUCUUGAUAAUUUCUCCCAACCACCGAGAUUUUCUUCUCCUUAUUCUUGGUCCGUUUCUCCUAUUGCACCACCACCACUUGUCCAAGAAAAUUUCAACUUCACACUGCCCCAAACACUUGGCCUCAAUCUUAAUCUUCAAGGAUUUAACAACUUGGACUCCACUUUCCACUGCAGUACAAAUCAUUCAUUAAUUUACUCAUCCUCAUCAACCUCUUCCUCUUCCCCUUCAGCCACCACUGAGGAGAUUCAAUGCAUGGAACCACCAGCUUCGGUGGCAGAGUUUGAAGAUUCUGGGCUGCAUCCAGUGAUGGAUGAUAAGGAUAUUGCUGAGAUCAGGUCAAUUGGGGACCAAUACCAGAUGGAAUGGGAUGAUACUUUGAAUUUGGUGAAUUCAGCUUGGUGGUUCAAAUUCUUGAAGGAAAUGGAAAUCACACCUGAGAAUCAGAGCGGUCAGGAUUUCAUGAACUACCCAUUUGAUGAAGUCAUGGAGUUCCCAGACUGGCUCAAUACGAAUGAGCAUGGCAAUGGUUUUUUCUCAGACAAUUACUUUGACGAUCCUGCUUUGCCGUGCAUGGAUAUUGAAGAAAUUGAAGGGAUGGAUGGUGACUGGUUAGCCUCUGCCUGAGAAAGAUUGAUUGUUCGUUUAUUCGCAUAAUAAUCAAACCGCCUGUAACCUUCCGUCUUCCUGCCGAUCACUUGAGCACCCCUGGAACUUAUAAUUUCUAUUUCUAGAUAUUGCGAAUAAGACUCGUCAGGCAACCGAAUUUUUGUUGAUUGAAGUUGUAUUUUAUAUAUAUAAAGUAGUAUAUACGUAUUAUGUUUCCUAGUAGUUUGUAAUUGCAAAAUCCCAUUUUCAAGCUUGAUAUAUAGAACAGAUUCAGAGUAAAUUCGGUGUGUUGCGUAGAUUUCGAAUCUCGGGAUAUCAUAUUCCUUUGAGCAACACUAGAAAUUUUGGUGAAAAUCUA